AAUCCAGAAACCGUUUGUUGUAGCGUAUGUGCUUUGGCCAAGAUGGCAGAAGGUGUAGCGCACGCUACGAUUGAAGAUCUUUUGACAUGCUCCCUUUGCUUGGAGCUGUUUAAAGAACCGAAGACAUUAACCUGUCUUCACUCAUAUUGCAAAGAAUGUUUAAACGAAAUGACUAAAAAAAACAAUCAACAUGAUUCAAUCCCGUGUCCAUUAUGUCGCGACGAAACUUCUAUACAAGAGUCGGGAAUUGAAGGCUUACCAACAAAUUUCUUCAUUAAGAAUUUGUUGGAAGUUGCUGAGUUGAAAUCCAAGAACGAAAGUCUGCAGUGUUCCAAUUGCCAAGACGGUUUAAAAGCGAUCGUGCGAUGUGUGGAAUGCGACGAGUUUUUCUGCCAGAAAUGCAUCGAGGCACACAAUCGUUUAAAAGCUUAUCAAGAGCAUAAAGUUGUGGAAUUAAAGAUGCUUCUCUCCCCGACUUCUGCUAAGGAGUUUCAUCCAGCUAUGAAGUGUAUCGACCACGAUCUUAUCUGCAAGUUUUACUGCCGAACUUGUAAGAUGUUGGUAUGUCGUGAUUGUACUGUUGUUGAUCACCCUCUCGCCUCUCACUCUGUCGCGAACUUGAGGGAUGUUGCGGACCAGUGUCGUCAAAGAUCCCAAGAAGCAAUAAUCAAGGCUGAAAAACACAUUGCGCAAGUAAAACAAGUUCAACAUACUUGUCGUGAAAAGAAAGAAACGCUGAAGACAUCUGUCGAUACGAUCACUAGCAAGUUAAACGAAAGAAAGGAACACUUAAUUCAACAGUUUACUCAAACUAUUGAGGGUCGUUCGUCCGAAAUGAUAUCGCAGCUUGAACAACUAAUUUUAGAUAAAGUUGAGCAGAACGAGAGAGAUGAAGGCCAAUUAGACUCAGACUUGAGACGAAUGGGGAACUACGUGUUGUACAUGCGAAAUCUUCUCGUUAACGGAAAUGAUGAUGAGAUAAUGAAUAUGUAUGAUCAUCUGGAGAGAUACGUCAAUGACACAAGUGGUAGAAAUCCUUUCUGGCUUGAUACGAAAAAUCAAGAAAGUCCGUGUGUAUCCCUUAAAUCCGAAGCAGGAGAAGAUGUUGUGAAUAGCUCCGUUGAUCAUCUGGUAACAACGUGUCUUGGUGAACUAAUUGUCCCAAAUUUGGAGGCUGAUAACUUUGAGCUGGUUGCAGAGAGAGGCAAGGUGUUUGGUGUUGGUGAAGAUGUUGAUGUUAUCAUCAAACCAAGCAACCAACGGCAACGUAAAGAUCCACCGACGCCACCAGAUCCUAAUUUGUUUAAAGCUAAAGUUCUUACACCGAAACAAACGGUGAUUCAAGCGAAGCCACAAAUUCACCACGAUGAAACAAUCUCUGUGCAUUUUGGAAGCUAUAUUCCAGGUCGACAUCGCUUGGCUGUUGAAGUCGAAGGAAACUCUCUACGAGGGAGCCCAUGCACCUUGGAAAUCAAGGGCGAGCUUGAUUAUUCCACCGGCACAAGUCUGCUUCAGAAAUUCCCAAUUGAUAAAUUGACUCAGAAGUUUACGUCAUAUACGUUCUGUAUGCGAGCUGACUUGGCUGGCAACAUAUUUAUCCUCACCGCAUCCGUUAUGCGUGUAUUUGAUGCUGAUUUUAACCUCCUGUACACCUUCGAAAUACAGGAUGGCAUCAAGAAACCCUGGAGUUUCGCAAUUGAUAGUGCAAGACGAGUCAUUGUAUCAGACACAUCUGUUCAUAAACUGUUUGUUUUCGACGCAGAUGGAAAUUUUCUUACUGAGAUCGCUGGUGAAGGCAAAGGUCCAGGAGAAUUGAAUUCACCACUGGGUAUAGCAACUGAUUGGUAUGAUAAUAUAGCUGUGUGUGAUGCAGGGAAUCGUCGUAUUCAGAUAUUUCAUCCCGACGCCUCAUCCAAGUGCUCAUUUGGUAAUGAACCGGACGGUGAAGUAAUGUAUCCUGUUUCGGUUCAGUUUAAUAGUCACGGCCACAUCAUUGUUACCGAGUCGUCAUUGUGGUUUUCCAAUUACCUCCCCUCGUCAUCCUCUGAUGGAGGAGGAUUUGAUGAAAAGAACGCCGUGGAGUGUGUUAAGAUCUUCAGCCAAGAAGGCCAGAUCCUGCAUAAGUUUGGUGAACCAGGAGAAGGAAAGGGUCAAUUCUGGGCAGCGACGUCCUUGGCCGUUGAUUAUUGCGAUCAUAUUUGGGUGUCAGAUUUCACGUAUGGCUCUAUUCAAAUUUUCGACGAGAAAGGAAAUUUGAAGGAAGUUAUGCCAUCCAAAGACAAGGAGAAAGGAGCCGGGUGGUUGUCGUCUAUGACAAGAGCUUCCAAUGGUGCUGUACUCUACCUAUCCGCUAAGCUUUAAGAUCAACUCUUAUUUAUAUGCACUAUUCAUUAUUGUACUGUUGUAUAACGACAUUGCUUGAAAAUAGAUAAAUUUUGACCAGGAUUUUAUUCAACAUUAUAUUUUAAAAGAAAUGGAGUAUAGAAGAAACAAACUAUUGAACUAGCAUUGUAUAGUUAGGAAUCACUCUGUCUGUUUUGUUUAUGGAAAGAAUGUAAUGCUUUUAUCAUUUGCAUGUUGAGAUUAAUAUUGUAGUAUUAGCUCGAACUUCACGUAAUGCACAAUGCGUCAUGUCAAAUAAAUGUGACGUAAUGUAAACGCCAAAUUUUUCAAUGUUUGUAUAUGCAACGCAAGGUGAACUUCAUUUCUGAUAAAUUGUC